UCUUAAAAUUAAACCACAAGCAUUGAUUACCAGCUUGUUGUGAGUUCGGAGGUAUUUAGUUAAGUUCGACAGAGCACGUUUAACUAACGGUUCAAUGAUGAAGUUAAUGAUUCUGAGCGUUGUCGUAGUUUGUUUAGUUUCCUCAGCUGAAUGUAAAAUCGAAUUCAAAUAUCAUAAGAAUCCAGAAUUAGAAGAUGUUCUUAGAUCAUUAGAAGAGAAAGGAAGAAAGGUUUUGGAGACGCGUUUAUACACGAUCGGAAAUUCUUCCAGUAUAACAAAUCCAGUACCUUUGUGGGUCUUGGAACUAACUGCGGCGAACAAGUCACAAUAUGGCGUUCCAAAUGUGAAAUUGGUUGGCAAUAUGCACGGGAAUGAAGCUGGAGGAAGGGAGAUUUUAUUACACUUUAUAGAGUAUUUGAUAGAUCAAUACAGCCAAAAGAAUGCAACAGUGAGAUGGCUUCUUGAAAACACCAAAAUCCACGUAAUUCCAACAUUAAAUCCCGACGGAUUUGCUAGUGCUGGCAGUGCUGUUUGUGAAGCAACUACAGGCAGAUACGUUGUAGUCGAUGGUAGCAAAAUCGAUUUAAACAGAGACUUUCCCAACUACUUUAUGGACAGUCCCGAUCAAGAACAAGCAUUGGAGACGAAAGCAAUAAUCAGAUUAAUGAACGAGACUAAAUUUAUAUUGUCUGCAGCACUUCACGAAGGCGCCCUAGUUGCCAACUACCCUUACGAUCUCAAUCCUGAACAUUAUGAGAGGGAAUUUGUAACACCAGAUGACGACGUAUUCAAAUUUUUAGCAAAGACUUAUUCAGACAACCAUCCACAGAUGCACAAAGAAGUAAACUGUUCUGGUGUCACAGCAAAAUUUGAACAUGGUAUCGUAAACGGAGCUGAAUGGUAUCAAUUUGUAGGUGGUAUGGGAGACUACAACUACAAUUACCAUGGAUGUAUGGAAGUUACUUUGGAAUUAUCCUGUUGCAAAUACCCUCCAAAAGAAAAUCUUCCACAAUUAUGGGACGAUAAUAGAGAGUCACUUUUGGCGUAUUGUAUGCAAGCCAAUAGAGGAGUAACAGGAAGAAUAGUGGAUUUCGAUACACGUAAACCUAUAGAAGCUACAUUAAAGAUAGAAGGUAGGGAUACGGUAAAGGUAUUCCAGGAGUACAAACAAAUAUAUUUUAAAAGUUGGAGUAAAACUGGAGAAUUUUGGAGGCUUUUGUUACCUGGGACUUAUGUAUUAAAAAUUGAAGCAGAAGGUUACUAUCCGACAACCAAGAGGUUUGAAGUAAAAGACUAUAAACCUUUCCCACAACUCACCUUUUUGAACAUAUCCCUCCUACGCAAUACAGUACCCACAACGACCCAUGUUCCUCCUAAGGAGAAAACGAGUUCGAUUCCAAUCAUAAACCUGACAUCACGUUUUAGUGAUAAGGGAGAUGUGGUAGUAACGUCAGUCCAAGAAUCUAAAGUCGCACUUGCUGCGGUUCAGAAUAAAUACAGCAUCAUAUUGCUGGUGAAUCUGGUUGUUCUGUUGGUUCAUCUAACGUGAAUAACGAACUGUUAAGCCGGGGUCCGAUAGAGUGUGGCGUGGUACUCUUCAUCAGUUUAGGUAGGCAAAGAGAAAUGGAGAAUAUAUAACAGUGAACAGAAUAACAGAAAAUAGAGCAAUAUUUACUUUUUGAUAAGUUCGGUCGGACCAUUCCGAUGGAGAUUUUCCCCUCGAGUAUCGAGAAUACAUCACCAGUGUUGGCUGUAGUAAUUUUAGUAAGUUGGUUAAUUCAUACACAACGUCGUUAGACCACUCCAUAGUAAAAUUACCACGGCACUGACCAUACCAGUCCCUAGCUGAGUUGGAAUAAGGGUCUGCAUCAGCUUCUGACUUCCUUUAUUCUUCUUCUUCAGGUGCCAUCUCCGCUACAGAAGUUGGUAAUCAUCACAGCUAUUUUAAUUUUUGAGGCAGUAGCUCUAAAUAGUUGUUUUGAGCUGCAUCCAAACCAUUCUGUCAGGUUCUUCAGCCAUGAAAUUCGUUUUCUUCCGAUGCUUCUUCUGCCAUCUAUCUUUCCGUGCAUUAUGAGUCGUAAGAUGCCAUACUUCUCGACCCGCAUCACAUGUCCGAAAUACUGUAGCUUUCUUUCUUUAAUUGUAAGUUCAACUUGCUUCUCUUUACCUAUUCUUCUCAGUAUUUCAUUGUUCGUAACUCUAUCUACCAGGAAACUCUCAUAAUUCUUCUAUAGGUCCACAUUUCAAAGGCGUUAAGUCAUCUCAUUGUCUCUACAUUUAACGUUCACGAUUCCACUUCAUAGUAUAGUACACUGUAUACGUAACAUUUUGUUAGGCAAGAGCUAAUGUUAAAUCUUUGCUACAUAGGACCUUUUUCAUUUUCAUAAAAUGAGAACGUGCUUUUUCGAUUCUGACUUUGAUUUCUGCAGUGUAGUCAUUAUUUUCUGUUAUAAGUGUUCCAGGAUAAAAUGUACUUUUUUACUCUUUCGAUCUGCUGGCCCUUUACUAUCAAUAUUUCGUUAGUAUUAUGGUUGUUUUUACUAAUUUUCAUAAACUUUGUCUUUUUGAUAUUGAGAGAGAGUCCGUACUCCCUACUACACCUUACUAUUUUACUCAUGAGUCUUUCCAGGUCUUGUAAAGACCUAUUAUUACUGUAUCACCUGCAUAUCUGAUGUUGUUAACUAAGACUCCAUUUACUCUUAUGCCGAUUAUUUCAUCUUCAAGAAUUUCUUGCAUUACCUCUUCAGAAUAAGCGUUAAAUAAUAGAGGUGAUAGUAUGCAGCCUUGCCUGACUCCUCUCUUUAUUUCCAUUUCUUCAGAUAUUUCUUUUUCAAUUAUUACUAUUGCUCGCUGAUUGACUUCCUUUAAACUGUGUUAAUUUACCGAUAAACGAUGGGAAACUUCGCGCCGAUCCACUCCGGCCAUAAAUAGAGGGUUUGGUCUUAGCCUAAGGAUAGUAAAUAACAAUUUUUUUUUUAUUUAGAAAGACAAAGUCGCAUCCACCCGAAGGUUAUUAGCGACAUUUCUGUAACAUUUGUAACAAUAUUAAAUCAAAAAUUGGUAAAAAUGAAUUACAAUUUGUAUACGAUUAAAUCUUUGGAUCAAUAAUUGGAUUCCACGCACUAACACUUUAUUUUUGAAAUGAACUUUUAGAUCGCUAGCGACACUCCGACACUCUCUUUCUGAUGCAUCAUUAGUGAUAGCGUUACGCGCACUAGUAUCUGCUUGUUCAUAUUUCCUUCAAUGCCUAUGUGGGAUGGUAUCCACAGGAAGUGGAUUCUUCUGAAACUUUCUUCAGCUUCCAUUAGUUCGGCCUUGGUGCUUUUCUCAAUGGGGUGUUUAUGGUAUAUAUUUUGCAUAGCUUUGACUGUGCUAAGGGAGUCGGAAAGGACUGGGCAACACGGCAAGGGAGGUUUUUAAUAUAUACAUAGUUUGAUGGCUUUAAACAAACCAAAGAGCAUCUGCAGUAUAGAUGCUGGAAUUCAGAGACAGAUGUAGGAGCAUAACAAGGCGAUGAAAAAUUCCAUCAAUAUUCUUUUGGAGUAGAAACUUGAAUCUUAAUGUUGGCUUAAUUGAGAUGUGUCACUUUCCCAGUCUGACGCCUCACUGCCAAGAUAACUAUUAAUUUUUUUCUUUGUAGAAGUGAAUUUUCGUUUUAUGGAUCUUUCCUUUAAAUGGGGGUAAACUAGACUGAGCAUAUGGGACAAAGCUGAUAGGUCUGUGGUAUAUUCUUGAAUUGUGGUUAUAGGAUCUGUUGAUCCCGUGAUAUUCAUUAGGAGGAUGUUAAGUUGAUCAAAGUUUAGAGGGAAAGGUAGAGGGUGAUUUUCUAUGAAGUUUUUAGCAGAGUCAAGUAAGAGAGAAAAUGAGCAUUCAGAAGUGCUUGCUGAACUAAUUUUAGCUUUUUUAGAUUUUGCUUGGACUUUAGGUGGUGGAAAAAUGUUACAUUCUUUUGAAGAUGGAUCUGCUUCAGGUGAAAUAAUUUCAUCAAAGUUACGUUUUGGUUGAUUAAUUAUGUGACUGUCCUUAUUUGAUGCAUCUUCUUUGUUCGGUAUCUCCGGGACAUUGAAAAUAGACAUUUGUUCAAACUGAGAAGGGUUUGUAUCAUUUGGUGCUUGCAAAGAUAUAUUUGUUGCGCUGGAUACCGAUGCUUCAUUGUUUUGGUGGGGGUUUAGUUGAGCUAGUGGUUCGGAGCACUGUGAUGCAAUGUGACCUGGCUUCUUGCAUCUAAAGCAAAUUAAACUGUCUUGAGAGAUGAAUAUUCUAUAUAUCGUGUUGUCAAAAACAAGAGUAAAUGACUCUGGUAGUGUUAGACUGUGAGGACUGAUAUAGAUUUGUCUUCGAAAACUAAGGAUGUGAUUGAACUCAGGCAUAGAAGUACUAAUUUUGAGGAAUGUCAUGGGGGAGACAGGAACUAUGCCGAUUUUUUGUAACUCAUUGAUUAGCAAGUCGUGCGAUAUUGAAGGACAUACGCCGGAGAGCACAAGUCGUUCCGCUGGUGUAACUAACCUUCUUGCUCUGACAAUUUCACCUUAUAUUUCUAUUUGACCAUAAUUAUUCAUAAAAUCAUCCACUAUUUGUUUAUUGGAUAAAUACAUACAGAUUAUUAGAUAAUCUAGAAGAGAAGAUUAUAUUUUUCGGUUGAAUUAUAUUUCCAAGUGGGAGAAGGUAGUCUUGAAGUUUGGUGUUUUCUAAGGCACAAAAGAUAAUUGCUUGGGACUUUAAAGGAAAUUGCACUCUCGACGCUGCCAAAGAGUAUGACUGUGAUGCGUUUAUUUGACUUUGAUGGUCUUGUAUUGUAGAACUGUUGUGGGAUUCCAUGUUUGAAUUCAUUUCGAUAAACGUUAAGUGAAAAGUAAGUCCGACCCUGUACACCUGCUAAAACAGGUGUAUCAGUCUUUACUAAAAGCGGUUGUUUUGCUGGUAAAACUGGAUUUGUGUAUUGACAACAAUAACAAAUAAUUGCAAUUUGCUGACUUUAAUGCUAAUUUUACUGGAUAUUAUGUAAAGAGUUUGUACACUUACAGUUUAUUUCAAUAUAUCACUGAGAUUCACAUUUUAUAACUUAUGUUAAACUUUGUUAAUAUUAAAAAUAUUCGGAGCCCACAUUGAAUACAACAUUAUAGUUAUCGAUGCAGGAUCGGUCUCCAAUAACAAAUUUUGAGGCAAAUACUGCAAUUUUCACUUUGUGUUGAUUCCCGUCUUUAGUUUUGAUCUUUUUCUAUUACAUAUUUUCUGUUUCUCUUGGCUUGCCAUGCCACAUACUGUUGGAUCUCAGCUUUAUGUAGUACAAAUGAUUGAAAUGAAGAUUUUUGAUGAUACUCAUCGAAACAGUUCAGGGGUUUAUAAAGAGACUUUUAAGCGAAAAGUGCCGUUGUAGUUUGAAGUUGUUGACUUAUUUUUAAAUAUAGGAUAUUUUCAGGGAAGUAAGUUUUUCUGGGGACUUUAAAUAAUCCAGGUAUUUAACGAGUUUUUAGUUAAUAUACAGGGUGUGGCAUUAGUGUGAGUAAGUCGAAUUACUGAUUUGUCGUAAGAGAUAUGAACAAAAUUGUUAAGGUAAAAGUUGGGGUAUAGAUAGGACCAUACUUUAAAAAUAUUUUCAAAUAUAGAGGGCCAGCCAUACUGACAGGGUGGAACAUACUGUUCUUUUUUUAUUUGAACAUCUCUCAUCUCUCCUCGUUUUUUAAUAUAAGGUUUUACCCUGUUAAACGAGGAAAUUUAAAAGAUAAUUACGUUUUUUUAUUAAGUGGGGGUAUGGUUUGAAAUAUUUAAUUUCUUUUAUUAUUUCAAAUAAAAGUGCAUACUUUUAAGAAUACUCUCUGAAAAUUUCAGAUUGAUCGGAGUAAAAUUACCAGAGAUACAGCGUGUUGAAUAUCUCUACCUUCGACUCGCUUUGCCGCGACUUCGCGCCGGCAAGCUUGAGCGUAGUGAGAAACGUUAAACAACUGUUCGCCUUCUCUUUUGUAGAUUACUCCGCGAUUCAAAAAACAUAUUCCAAUGUGCAUCACUUUACGAUUUGGCAGACAAAUAAGAAGAUAAAGAUGCACUUGUCAAAACUUUUAACGGAUUUUUUUCAAAAGUGCUUUUUUAAAUGCGGUGGACAUUGUAACUGAAAAACUACUUGACCCAUCUACCUGAAAUUUUGCAUAUAUUUUCUUUAGACAUUUCAUGAGGUAACAACGUCGAGAUAUUUUUCGUUUUGUGCCUAUUUUUUGUUCAACAAUCAAAAAUCUGUUGAUUUUCACAAAAUUUUUACCAAAAAUUUCGUAUUUUUGGUUUCUGAGUGAUACCAAAAAUUCAAAAAUAAUUAAAAAUAAAAAAAACUCGACGUUGUUACUCGUGAAACUCAUAAGCUAAUUAAAUACCUAAUUUUGAAUUUUUUGUUUCGUAUAAUCCAGUGACGAGUUCUGAUGCCCACCGCAAAAUCCAUUUUUUUUGAGCUGCCUGUCAAAAUUUGUCACCAAUGGCUUAUUUUUUAAUAUUUAGGAUUGCAUUUUUUUUAAAUAUUCUUUGAAUUGUACUUAAUAUGUUUAUUUAAUUUAUAAAAUAAUUCUACCAUUGCUUCGAAAAAAAUUCACAAAAAUGUGCUUGAUAUGUUUAUUUCAAAACAUGCCCCCCUUAAUUUCGUAGCAAUUUUAACACCCUAUAAAAUUGUAGAGAUUUAACAUCAAAACAUCUAUUCAUAUAUUUAGUUUUUAAAAAAUGACUAGAAUCUUUUAUAAAAGGUAUAUUUGUUAAAAUUCCCUAAAAAGGGCUACAUCACAGAACUAGUUUUCGAUUGGAUGACCGAUCAUCAUCAGUGCUGACGUGAUUCUAACAUGCUAACCACCAAAAUACAAAAAUAUAUGGGUAAAAACAAAAAUAUAUGGCCACUUGCUAUCAUCUAGUCAACAUGUGAACAAGUCAAUUUUGGGCUCAAAUGGUACCUCGAGCAUAAUACAUGGGAUAUUUUGUACAUCCAUGUUUAAGUUCACGAAUUUUAUCUAUAUUUCCAUGACGGAUCAAUUUUAAAGGGUUUUUACCCAUAUAUUUUUUAUUUUUGUGGUUAGCAUGUUAGAAUCACGUCAGCACUGAUGAUGAUUGGUCAUCCGAUCGAAAACUAGUUUUGUGAUUUAGCCGUUUUUAGGGAAUUUUAACAAAUAUACCGUUUAUAAAGGAUUCUAGUCGUUUUUUGUAAUAUAUGGUAUGCAGCCAACUACAGGAAAACUUUUUCUUCGUGGAUAUUUUAUUUUGGUAUACAGGGUUGGUCGAAACAUGGAAUGAGUAUUUUCUGAGUUUUCUUAAAUGGAACACCUUGUAUUUUACUUUUAGUAUUGUAAAGAAGCUAAUUGCUUUAAUUUGUGAGUUAUUCGUGAUUCUUUGAGGUUAGCCGUGAAGCGCGAGAUCUCAAUUUCUUUAUCGCACAGGGCCGCAACCAGACGUAUAUGACUCACAACAAUAUUAACUAAAUAAACUUGUUAGAUAGGUACUCGGAUUAUUAAAAAUCCAUAUAUUUUUUUAAUAAUAUCCCCAAACUACUUACUUUAUGUUACACUUAUAUUAAAAUACUACCAAUUGUUUAUGUUAGUACCUAUUAAAAAAAUAAAUACAAUGAUCUGUU